AUGUCGGACGCACCUCCUCUCAACUAUAUAUUUAAUACGAAAUUGGCACCACAGCCUCCUUCACUGAAAUAUGUCUCACAGUCCAUGGCGGAAAAUGUUGCAUUUACCUUUGACAUACCUUUCCCUAUGCUUAAAGCUUGGAAUGAAUUCCUUGAUAAACCAGAAAAUGAAGGGACAGAGGAAGAAGAACACGUGGAUGGUGAACUGACGCAAGGUCCGAUCACGCUGGAAGUAUUUCAGAAACGUAUGAGGAAAAAAUAUAAAACUUACAUAGACUUGUUUGAACUUAUUAUUCCUAGCAAUCUGUUUUCUAUCAGAAAAUCGGAAGAAGUGAGAGAAGAGUUGAAUGAAUCUCUGCGAAAAUUAGCUUCUUCUGUGAAGUCUCAAUACAAGCAGAUCAGGGGGAGAAAGGGCCUUGCCCUGAACUCGAAAAUAAAAAAGUUCCAUGUGUUUGAGAGACAUGUUCAGUCAGCAGCAGAGCUGGAGAGGGAAAAUGAACAACUAAAGGAGUUGAACUCUUCCCUGCAUGAAGAAAUUGAAGAGUGGAAAUCAAACUAUGCAAAUUUGGAGGAAGAAAAGAGAAAAAUGCUUCAUGAAAUGCAAGCUGAAAUAAGAACACUUCAAGAUGAUUUUGAAAAAGCUGAGACCACAAAUAAAGAAUUAAUUGAUUAUAUUGAACGCCUGCAGACAGCUCAGCAAGACUACAAGGGGAAAGACAUUUCUCAAGUGAAGAAAAAGUCGAGGACUUUGAAGACUUUCAUGACAAGAGCUCAGACAGCACUGUGGUUUGCCAAGUCCUUUGGACUAGAAAUUGAGUCAGUUGCCAUGAAAGAAGUUCAGACUGGAAGCAAGCAUAAUGUAAAAAUGGCCAGUGAUGACCAGCAAGAAAACACUGCCACAGGGUUUGACUCCCUUUCAGAAGAGGAAAAAGAAAAAGUAGAUAAAAUUUUAUUUCUAUUAGACAAAUUUUGUGUGGGGGACUCAUUUUAUCAUGAGUUCUCAAUGUAUAAUGAUCUUCCUAAAUCAUAUAUAAUCAAGCAACGGCGAACACAACUAAAUGACAUGUGCCAUAUUGUAUCUACACCUGGGAGGGCUGAGGGGGCAGAAGUUUCAUUCAAGGAACUUCUCAAGGAAAGGGUGCAAGAUUUAAUCGACCAAAAUCCAGAAUUUGAUUUUGAAAAUGAAAUUGUUAAAGUUAAAAUAUCAGGGGAUGGGGCAAGGAUGACUCGCAAUACAACCUUUAUCAUUCUUUCUUUUGCUUUGUUGCAAAAUAACAGUCAUUUAAUGUCAGCAAGGGGAAAUAACACAAUCGCCAUUGUGAAGGGCUCAGAAAAUUAUGAAACACUGAAGGAAUCAUUUGCUAAUGUUUUUUCAGACAUAAAUGAUCUAAAUUCAAUGACCAAAAUCACAAUGAAUGGGAAAGAAAUAAAACUUGAAUUAUUUUUGGGGGGAGAUUAUAAAUUCAUUUUAAUCAUGUUGGGUCUCAAAGGUGCCACCUCUUUCUAUGCUUGUGCAUGGUGCAAAGUUCACAAAGAUAAAAGAUGGGAUAUGAACCAUGAGGAAGAUUUUUACAAUAAGACACCAUUGCAAAGAACACUAAAAGAAUUAAAAGAAUUAUCAAAAAAGGGCAGAGAAAAUUUUUGCUGUGAACAUGAGCCUCUAUUAAACAUUGAGUUAGAUCAUGUAAUUUUAGACGAAUUGCACCUUUUACUUAGAGUAGUUGAUGUGUUACUAAAUAAUUUACUGGAGGAUGUAUUACAAUGGGACAAAAAAGAUGAUUUAAAUAAGAAAAGGGGAGAAAAGAAAGGUGUUCAUCGAGAGAGGCUGCAGGCUGCAGGCUGCAGUACGCUCAUGUGGGGUUAG